UUUUUUUUGUAAUCUCCACUGUAUGCAAUCUAAUAAAAAUGAUGCACCAUGUAUGAACAAGAAUAAUAAACAUGAUCAAUUCUUCGAUAGUGCAAAUGUUAUCGGAUUGCUCGAAAUAAUCUCUAGACGUUGUUCUCGAUUAUCUAUCCCUAUCGAACGAAAAUGUGGAAUGCGUGCAAAGAUCGGCAUCCACGAUAAACCUACGCGAUAGCGCGGGACGUACUGCUCCAAAUUGCAACAUGGAAAUGUACUUUAUGCAUAUACGUGCAAAUGUGCAAAGCGUCAUUCGAGGAAGGAUUAUCAAGGAUUUCAGUUAACGCGCGAUACUCUUACAAGCGUGUGUAACAAAUAACGUACGAGAGUAGAAUUUCGUGGUAGGAUUUCAUAGACCAAAUCUAUUAAAUGGCUGAUUGCUGUUAUCAAGCUGGAUUUCGAUACUACUAGCAACCUUCGACUGAACGUUAGUUAGGUCGAGACUUUCUGACGCUCGAAACUUUUUCGCAGCGGAUUUCCUGAGGUGUUAAACCCGUUAAGCCUUCGGAUCCUCGAGUUCAUGGCCCGCCGUUAUGCAUAUAGAUGCAUACGUAUCCAAUAGCCUGGUGGGAUGGUAGCUCGUGCGCGGCGCGAUGAACCGACUCGGCCAAAACCUACCGGAAUUAUUAACUCCUGUCAGUCUAGGCAGUUCGAUGCAGCAACGAGCACUUGACUACUUCCAUCUGUUAAAACCGUUCUCACCACGAAAAUCGAUCGAGGAUCAAACGUGAAAGACAAAGGUCGACCGGUCCGACGACGUUCGAGUUAAUUAAUUGGAUAUAGAUAAACCUCCGCCACUAAAAAUGAUAUAAAAAUAUGUUACGCGCCUAAUUCUAAUUAGUGGACCGUGACGAUGUUUCGGUUGCGAAAUAUAAAAGUUAAUAAAUUGACAGUAGCUACGGUUCGAUGGAGAUUUCUAUUAUGUUGAAGUGUUUGUAAGGAUUUAAUUUCGAAAUGAAGAACAUGGAAGAAGUGGAGGAGACUGAGGAAAGUAGCAACUCAUGUUCGGCGUCCGCACCGGCGUCCUCGGCGUCGAUGCGUGGAAAGAGCCACUGCACGGAAAUGCGAUCAGAGAAGCCGGCGUACCUCCGCCAGAAAGAGAAGAUUAUAUAUCCGAGGAACACCAGGACUCUGACUAAAACUGCUGUGAUCGGUGGGAAACCUAUCAGCCAGGAGACAUGUAUGCUUUUAAGAACGUUGGUUUUCGGAAGUGCCGCUACUCCACCGAGACAAGAAUGGUCAAGAACUGGAUUCACCUUACGACCCUACGGUCAAAGUUUAGCAUUCGGAUUACGGACACCGAGGAACACAACCAGAGGACUGGUCACGGCUGUACAAGCCAUAAUGUUGAAGCAUUUCCUGUUCAAGUGCAACAGACAAGACACUCACGCUACGCCGGAAAGUUUGCUGAAACCGUCGUACGAUAGACAAAUUGAUGUCCUGACAGCCUCGAUAGCCGAGAUCAUUUGGCGUUGCGCCGGUGGAUUCGCCGUGCAAAAUAUUGGUUGUUCGCCAAAUCAAACCGUCACCGGAAAUGUGAACGUGCCCAGAGCGGUAGUCGUUUUGCCGCAGGAUACACCCUACGUGCAACACAGCGUGCAAUACUUCCAGGACGGCCUCACGGAGACCCUACAUUUAUUCGAGUUUGAGUCUGUACAGGACCUGGAGAUAUUUAUCAAAAGAUACUUAUACUUGUUCCAAGAUGAAGGCAGUCCCGGUGCGAUAUUACUGAUAUACAGCGCUCUGCUUUCCAGAGGACUGUCCAAAAUACGAGCUGACUUAGAGGACUCGAAAGCUUCUAUACUAAGCGGCUGUCCAGAGGAGGGUCCCACGAGCGUUAUAAUGCUCUCAUUAACCGGUCGCGCUUCGCCUCACCUUCACAAUGGGGUGAUGCACGUGGGGGAUGAAAAUACAUACGCCAUACCGCAAUGGGGUGUACUCGUAAGAAGUGAAAUAGGAUUUCUCGUACACGAAGGUGAUGGACAGAUGAGCAAAACGCCAGGUUCUCGAUUGAAAACGCCUAGCUUGCCAAUUUGGGUCACCUUAUGCCACGGCCAUCAUGGUGUCUUGUUCAACACGAACCGCGAAUUACUUAGGAAUUAUCACGCUGAACGACGAUUCGAGAUCCAAUAUUUCACCUGCGGCGGCAGUCACGCGAUUUUAACCGUGGAUACAAGAUCGAAUUCCGAAAACGAUUCUGAAUACGAGGGUCCGAGCAAAGAUUGUCUAGACAUCGCAGCAACCCCUUUGGAGAAACUCAUUCGUUCCAAGUGGCAAGAUGCUUACAUACAAUGGAAUUGUACACCUUUAAUGUGAACGCACUUAUUUCUUAAAAUGGAAAAAUCUCGAUUAAGUGUGUUUUAUUAAUUAAUUAGUAAUAUUUGUAAACAUUUCGCUGUUUGGAAAUAAAGUGUUAUUGGCAAUAA